AUGGGUCGGAAACAGACCCAGCCUCGCUCAGGCGGCAAUACGAAGGUGGCGAGUGCCGAGCGAUCUGCCUCACUUCUGUCGACAAGUGGUGCUGUGCCUGCGCUCAACGCCUUCUUCCCGUCUCUGCCUCUGGCAACGCAGAACGACAACGAGAGCGAAAUCACUGUCGAUGGUGACUUCCGAUUGCUCUUGAAGAAAUUCUUCAAGAAGGAUGCUGUCACGAAGUUGAAGGCUCUCGAGGAGUUCGUGGCCCUCAUCGGCACGAAAUCAGAGGAAAGUCUUUUGGGAGUGCUCCCAUUCUGGCCGAGACACUUCAGCAGACUGGGAAUGGACAUCGAUCGACGUGUUCGGGAAAGCACGUUUUCCGCGCAUCGACACCUCUGUCUGAAAGUUGGCAAAAACAUCGCCCCUUAUCUGAAGACGAUCCUCGCGCCCUGGCUCGUCGGUCGCUUCGAUCCGCACGGGCCGGCUGCGUCAGCAGCUGAGAGAAGCUUCAAUGAAGUCUUCCCUGAACGGAAACACCGCGAUGUCAUAGUGUUCUACCUCACGGACACGAUCGAGCAAUUCCGUCGCAACCUGUUCGAGAUCACGGUGGCGACCGUCGCAGACUCUCAGGAUCUCACGGCGGAGGAGAAAGUCAUCAAAUUGAUAGCUCUUCAGAGCGGUACACUCCAAGCGCUGCGAUACGUGUUGGAAGUUUCGGUGAGCGCCGACCAAAGCCACGAGAAGAAGAUUGAGCCGUGUCUGGAUCUGAUAAACGACCCUGACAUCUGCCGCCUGGCGAAGAACGAGCAUGCCGUAGUUCAGCGAUACUUCUACGAGCUCAUCAGCGUCAGUAUAGAGAAAGCUGUCCUCAGAGACUUUAGGUCGGUCACCGGCUUGACCCUCGGUCGCUUAGCCGGAAGCGAGGAUCCUUUGACGUGCUCGGCGAUUUGGCAGACCACCGUGCAAUUAGUGGUCGCGCAUCCAGAAUGUUGGUCCUACGUCGCUUUCGAGAAACAAGUGCUCCCACAGCUGAAGCUAGUCAUCAAACGAAGGGGUUCCGGGAGUCCCCAGAGUAUUUUUCAAGCCGUGCUAUUGCUAUUCGCAAAAAUGCCUGACAAUCCCAAAUACCGAUUGGCGGUCUUGAAUUCCCUGAAAGACUGUCUGACCGAGAAUGUUACGACGCAAACAUCGGUGGGAGAAUUGGGAGCAGCCGCGAGGGCUUUUUUCGAAUGCUUGCGCUACGCCAUUGUCCACUUCACAGUCGAUUCUGCGGGAGUUCUCCAGCUCAUCGGGGACCAUCUUCUAUCACUUCUCCGGAAAAUGAUAGCGAUAGAGGACACUGCUGUCAUUAGAGUCCAGCCGAUAGUUUUCAAGGAAACACGCUCUCUGCUGAGUUACCUGCGGAAGAACUCUGAUGGAAGUGGAAAAUUCGCUGUCCUCGAAUCAAUCUAUCGCGAUGUUUAUGCGAUAAUCAUGGAUUCUCUGGAUUCGAGUCACAAAAAUGCAGUGAUCGCUCUACACUGGCAUCUCAACUCUGCUGCGGAAUCUCUCGGGGUCAGGAGAACUCUUACCUUCGCUGAGGGUGGCGACCAGCAAAGAGGCAAGAGAAGAUCUACCCUGACUCCGAACGAAGACCUCGUCGACUGGAAUCGGGCUUUCCUCUGUCGAGUUCUCACUCUAUGCUCCUCGAAGUCGGAUGAAAGCCUCUUCAAACUUCUCGGGAACUCGUUCCCCGCGUACUUCGACCAGGAGUCGAAGGAGUUCUUCGCCGAGAAUGGAUUCGAUGACGAAUGGCUCCGCGAAAACGUCGAGAAAUGGCUCGAGGAGGAAGCAGCGGUCAGAACCGCUGUGGAAAUGCUGCUGACGAUAGCAAAUUCCAAACCGGAGAACGGUGUGGCGGAGAUCGUGAGAAUGUGUGAGGAGAAGCCGCAACUUUUGUUGACAAUCCUCGACCAAGCCUCUGAGUGCUCCUGCGAGAGGUUCCAGCCGAUCCUAUCGACUAUCUUCCAUACCGAGUCUUUCGUGGAUACGAUAAGCAAUGAGCUGAAAGGGCCACGCAAGUGGGAGAUCGUCGGAAGUUGUCUAUCCUCGCCUCAUUUCUUCUCUGAUUCCCUCAUCGACGAACUCGUGAUCGCUUUGAUUGAAGACAUUGAGACGAUUCUCACCGAGCAAGAAUGCGACUUGAAUAAAAUCGAGCUGAGUAACAGUCUCACUAAAAUCUCAGCAUCGGACGAGAUGACAUGGAAGCGACCGAACUUCUCGACUCUGGUGUUUCAAAUAUAUCGAUUAUCUGUCCAAACCCUCGCUGAGCUCGAAGAAGCCUCGCAAGCGUCACAGGGCAUUGCCAAAAGAAUGCAGGAGACUUGGGUGACAGCUCUUGCAACUGACUGCGAAGAAAGUCGGAAUUGCCGUCAUCGAGUCAUUGCCGAUCUCAAGCAGAAAAUAUUGGACCCGUCUCCGAUCGAAAUCGCCUCCGUAGUGGAAAGCGUCUUGAGCUUGCUGACGAACAAGUCUCUUGAGGAGGACUUCCAAGUGCUGAGAGAACUUAUGCCAACCUCGGAGGAAUUCGAUCGGAUGUGUCGUGAGUGCAGAAUAUCGGAUUGGCUUGCGAGCGAGAGAUUGCGGCAGAAGGAUUUCGAGCUCCUGAUCAUUCACGGAGACAGCGAAUAUAUGUCAGAGCCAGAACACCGGAAAUUGGUCUCCGCCUUCAUUACCUUGUUCGAAAUCUGCGAGACGAAGAAUGCUUUCGAGCUAUUCGACGUGAAUCAUCUCCUGCUCAUCGACCUCAUUGAUCCUCAGCCGAGGUUCAAGCCCGUGAUGAAUUCUCUCCUGGCCAACGACAGAGUUUUAGAAAAGGCUGUCAAGAGUCUGUGCGCACAAGACGGUCUGCAUUGGACCGCGGUCCUGUAUAGCUUGAUGACCCUGACCGGCAUCCGCUUGCCGAAGAAUUCCUGGCUAAAAGAUGAAUGCAGAGCAUCGCUGAAAUGGGUCUGCAUUAAACACGCUGACAGCGAGGAAGAUGUAAUGGACUUCUUGACCGUGUCGCUCGAACGCUCAGACCCCUCCGCGAAUCCGGACCCGACAAAUCUAUGUCUGAGCAUGGCGUGCCUCCGCAAGGCUUACAGCGAAAGAUCGAGUGAUGCUGUUGGACGGCUUGCAUCAUACAUCAGAAAUUCAUUCGAGGUCCACGCGGAUCUUUUCGACACUUCUCGGCCGGACAGCUGGCACUUGUCCGUUUUGUCAUUCCUGUCGUUCUUCGGGACAUACCGGAUGAACUUCGGCGGCUUGUGCGGGGAAGAUUUUGACUGUAUCUUGACCGUUGUCUGGAAUAUGAUCGAAAAUUUUCCCUGGCGCGACGCCGAGAGCAAAUCCAACUUGGCUCUUUCCACGGGAAUCAGCCUCUGCGAAAUCGCAAUCCAAGUAUCGGAUUUGCUUGCGACGGGGAACGAAAGUCUCCUAACCGAAAAAACUUCUGAACGGGGAAACUGCUUCAUCAAGGCCGUCAUCGAGGCAUUGGUUCCCACGUUCCAGACAGAAUCGGAGAACCCAUGGCAGAUGCCCGAACUUCUCCUGCAGAACGUCGCAAACGUUUACGUUUCUUUGGACUCGGCUCUCUUGGGAGAUUUCUGGACAUCGCAGAAGGAAAGCCCUUCCAUAAGAGAUAUCAUGGCCGUCCUCUGUGAGAAGAUGCAAGUCAAGCGGCUCUCUCUCCAGCUCGCGGCCUAUGCUCUGACUUUGAACACCAUCAUUGAGACUCUCAACAUGCCCGAAGAAGAUGAGGACGACGAGAGCGACCUGCACGAGCCAGUAAAGAUCGAUCCGAUCCUAUACGGAUUCCUGCAGGACAUGUCAAGCUCGCUGGCGAUACUGAAGAAGUCCCAUGGGGGAUUCCGGUCGUGGGAGCUUCACGACGAAGAGGAUUUAUGCGUUCUGAGUGCUUACAUCUUGGCCAUGUCGACAACACUGCUCUUCUGCAGUCACGUCAAUACGGAGGAACGAUCCGCCUAUUUCGAGUAUGUGGACGAGCAAGGUCACUGGGAACGGUACUUGAACCUCUUGCUGGAAUUUGUCCCGGAUCAACCGCCCCCCAAUGCUUUCCUCGAGAGUGCCCUCCCACGGAAGUUCGACUUCACGCAUCUUGUCUGCUGGGCUCUGUUCGAUGUAUCGGCUCGAGCUCCUGGCGUAAUGAAGUCUUGGUACACGAAGCUCAACGACCACAAGAAGGAGAGUCGUAUGAAGAACUUGAUGACUAAAUACGUCUCCCCAACCCUGAUAGGGAGGGAGCUAUCGAAAGCACAGAAAACGAGCGAAGAGCCCGAUAACAUGACACUGAGCGUUUUGAAUACCACGAGAGAAAUCGUGGCUCGGUACACCCUCGAAGACAUCGGGAGAACCUGCCAGGUUUCGGUACAAAUGGAAUCCUGCCAUCCUUUGAAGUCGAUGCGCAUAUCUUAUGACCCGGACAAAGUCACCGGAUCGAAGGCCAUGUGGCAGAACUUGAUACGACAGCUCAAUACUUUCUUGCACUCCUCGGAUGGUAGCAUCGUUGACGCCCUGAGAGCUUGGAAAGAAAAUCUCGAUCGGAAACUCGAAGGCGGGAAGGAGUGCUGCAUAUGUUAUUCGGUUCUGCAUGCAGCCACCCUGAAACUGCCGAAUUACCCGUGUAAUACCUGCAAAUAUCGCUUCCACAAGGCUUGCAUGUACAAAUGGUUCAGACAGGGCAAUGCAACGUGUCCCCUAUGCAGGUCGGCGCUCGAGUAAAAGAAUCUUGGACUGUGAUAAGAUAUAUCGUCUCAAUAAACACCUUUCAACACCGA